ACGUCUGCGUGGAUUCGGGCUGUGACGUGGCACGUUGUUGUACUUCCGUUUCAAAAUGGCGCCCCCCAUACCUCAUUUAGCAGUCCGAGGAUCAGACGGCACAUUUCUAUUGUGUGGACCUCCGAGCUGUCAGGAAAGCUCUGCUUUUCAGAGAGAUGAACGGCAAGGUAAAUACAUGACGUUCAGCAGCGACGGAGCUCUGUUUGGUUGGUGCAAUGGCUCACAGGUCAGUGUGGUCAAGGUUUCCACCGGAGAAUUGGUGAAGUCUUUUGAUUUACCCAAAACCACUGCGCUUGAAUUCUCACCUCUGAAUAAAGUUCUGGCCACCUGGCAGCAUUAUACCAAAACGCAGGAUAACCCUCAGGGAGAGGCAAACCUGCAGCUGCUGGACUUGCAGACCGGUGCCUGCAUCAAAGCAUUCUACCAGAAGAAGGUCACAGGAUGGUGUCCGAGCUGGGCUGACGAUGAAAGUAUUACUGUCAGAAAUGUCAAUAAUGAGCUCCACUUCUUUGAGAACAACAACUUUGAAACGAUCGCCAACAAGCUUCAUCUUCAGAAGGUGUCUGAGUUUGCUUUGUCUCCUGGAUCACAGCCGAGCAAGAUUGCCGUUUAUGUUCCUGGAAGCAAAGGAGCUCCGUCUUUUGUACGGCUAUAUCAGUAUCCCAAUUUCGGAGGUCCGACAUCUGCUCUGGCGAACAAAAGCUUUUUCAAAGCAGAUAAAGUAACCAUGCUGUGGAACAAAAAAGCCUCUGCGGUUCUAGUGACCGCCAGCACAGAGGUUGAUAAAACAGGAGCCUCGUACUACGGAGAACAGACCUUACAUUACGUCGCCACCAAUGGAGAAAGUGCAGUAGUUCAGCUGCCAAAGAACGGCCCCAUUUAUGAUGUAUCCUGGAACCCCAACUCAUCUGAGUUUUGUGUGGUUUAUGGUUUUAUGCCGGCCAAGGCGACUGUCUUCAACCACAAGUGUGAAUCAGUGUUCGACUUCGGCACGGGUCCCCGAAACGCAGCUUUCUACAGCCCCCAGGGUCACAUCCUCGUCCUCGCCGGGUUCGGGAACCUGAGAGGGCAGAUGGAAGUUUGGGACGUGAAGAAAUACAAGCAGGUGUCCAAACCGCAGGCUGAAGACACCACACAUUUCUCCUGGUGUCCUGACGGAGAACACAUAGUGACGUCCACCUGCUCCCCCAGGCUCAGGGUCAGCAACGGAUACAAGAUCUGGCAUUACACCGGCUCUGUGUUGUACAAGCAUGAAACGCCGUCAAAUAAAGAGCUGUGGGAAGUGUUAUGGCAGCCCUUCCCGACUGGAACCUUCCCGGAGAAGCCGGUGAAAUAUCAGGCGACUCCGAGUGAGCUCGGCAGCACUGAAGCCAAACCAGCGCAGGUGUACCGUCCACCUGCUCUCCGCAAUAAACCCCAGACCGCCAGCUCCAAACUACAUGAAGAGGAGCCGCCGCAGAACAUGAAACCUGGUGCUGGAGGAGAGAAGCAGAUGUCUAAAGCUGCUUUGAAAAAUCAGAAAAAAAGAGAAGCAAAGAAAGCAGCUAAACAGGAAAACAAGUCGGAUGAAGCUCCACCUCCAGCAGCAGACUCCGCCCCUGACAGUCAUGUGACUUCCAGCUGCGGAGACCCUGAAACUGACAAAAAGAUCAAGAAUUUAAAAAAGAAACUCAAAGCCAUUGAUGAACUGAAGGAGCAGCAGGCGGCCGGCAAGGUCAUGCAAAAAAAUCAGCUUGAGAAGAUGCAUAAGGAGGCCCAGCUGUUGAAAGAGCUUGAAGACCUUGAAUUAGGAUUGUAAACUCACUUUACAAGUUUUUCACAUUCGGUCAUCACUUUUCAAUCCUUGCUACGUCAUACUGUUAUAAAAAUGUAUUGACUUUUUUUUUUUUUUCACAAACUACUCAUGAUCAAUAAAUAAAAGCCUGUUUUGCUUCUUGGCUAAUAUAAUAAGGACUAAAUUGUCAAAAGCAAUAUUGCUAUGCAAUGUGACGUCCAGCACCAGAGAACAUCCAUGAAAUACGAAAUAAAAAUGUUGAAAUUCAAA